UUAAAGCAGACGACUGGAGGGUUCAAGAUAAGAAAGUGGGGCAGCAAGCAUCGGAUCCUCUCUUUUUCAACCUCAAGGGUGCGCACGAUAAUCUCACUCGCGUCCUCCGUCACCUUCACCGUCAUACAGACUCUUCCCCUGCAUCUAUUUUCGGAGUAUAUAUAUACACACCCACACGCUCUUGUACUGACAUUUCAUUGACUUUCUUCACAAUCUCUCCUUUCUCUCUCUCUAUCUCUCUUUACUUUCUCUCUCUAAAAAUAUCAACUCUAUGGACGAUCUGCCCGCCGGUUACCGGCCGAACGUCGGCGUUUGUCUCAUCAAUUCCGAUAACCUGGUGUUCGUGGCUUCAAGGUUAAAUGUACCCGGAGCAUGGCAAAUGCCUCAGGGGGGGAUUGAGGAGGGAGAAGAGCCUACUUCUGCAGCGGUGAGGGAGCUUCGAGAAGAAACCGGAGUGGUUUCUGCUGAAAUAAUCGCAGAGGUUCCAAAAUGGCUGACUUACGAUUUCCCUCCUGCUGUUAAAGCUAAAGUGAAUCGUUUAUGGGGAGGAGGUGAAUGGCAUGGACAAGCACAAAAAUGGUUCCUGAUGAGACUAACAAAAGAUGAAAGUGAAAUCAAUUUGGCAAGUGGUGAAGUUGAUCCAGAAUUUUCAGAGUGGAAAUGGACAACUCCUGAAGAAGUCAUUGAACAGGCUGUGGACUAUAAAAGGCCAACAUAUGAGGAGGUUAUAAGAACAUUCAAACCUCACUUACAUGAAGGUGGAAAAGGUGCAGCCAAAUGUUUAUCAACCAAAUGGUGAAGAAAAAUGUGAAAUGAGGGAACCGGUAGACAGGUACCACCACAGGUUUUAAGAAGACGGAGCUUUAGAGUCGCGUCUUUUAUACUUUUAUUAUACACUUUUGAUGUCAUACAAACUAUGUAUUUAACAUAUGUAAAUACUAUAAUUUAUCAAUGUAAUGGUUGUGUUUUCUUUGAUUACUAUUAUGCAAUUGUUGUGAUACUGUACAUGACGUCCUCCGCCCUCGAACGUUUCCGUCGUUCCGGUUUGGGGGUGUGACAACACUUGAGGACUACUGUUACUUGGGAUCAGUUCUCGAAGAUGUUCCGUUUGAGAUAUGUUCCCUUGGUAGAUAGGGAGAGAUUAGGAGUACUUGGAUCCGAGACAGAUGACUGAGAUGGUGACGAAUAUCACCAAGAUGUUCACAGAGAAGUGUAACACCCUGUUUAGAAUCGUUUCAUAACUCGGGAACGUGACCAGAAUAUCAGUUACCAUAAGGCUUUGGACCUUGGGAAAAAAGAGUUUUAGACCCAUUUAGAUGUGGAUAAUGUAGAUUAGGUGAUCCGAGGGUUCGGUUGGUGCUUUGGAGCCCAAAAGGUAUAAUAAUAAAGUGGCGGUAUGGGUCUUUUAUGACUUUUGGAUUUAAGUUCGGAAAGUUUAUGGAAAAAGAGAGUUGAUAGGAUUGUAGAUAUUCUCCUUACCUUUCUGUGGAUAUAAGGAUCAUCUAAAUCGAACUUAAAACGAAGAAGUUAUGAACUUCAGAAGUUUGGUGGUUUGGGGGCUGAGUCUAGUACGUUGGGCGUACAGGGAGUACGCUGGGCGUACUAGGCUGAAUGAUCACAGAUGGCCCUUGGAGUAUGUUGGGCGUACCAAGAGUACGAUGAGCGUACUCCAGUCAGGUGCAAACCCUAAUUUAGGGUCUUGGACCUUAUUUAAAGGCCUUAACUUAUGUUCAAACCCUAUUAUCUUUAGCCUCCAUCAACCUUAACCCUAAUUUCGAAACCCUAGCCUUCCUUUGAGUAAUCUUGAGCCUUCUGAGUGAUUUGGAGUGUUUUUGGUACACAUUAAAGAGGAAGGAUCUCAUUGGAGAAGUGUUGGUUAAGUUGGAACUUGUGGAUCCAGACUUUGUGCAUCUUGAUCUAUCUUCUGGAGGUAUAAAGCUUCAAAAUUUAUAGUUCUUUAGUGUAGAUCUAGUUAUGGGUUUUGAUAAACAUGUUGAUAGCUUCAUUUUAUUACUUAUUUCUCAUAGUUUAUUUUUAGUUAAAACCAUCUUAUUUUAGUUAAUCUUCAUGCAUAUUUUCUCUUUUUGUUAUUUUUCUCCUUUAUCGGGUGCUUUCCAGUCUUUUGAGCUUAAUUGUAGGAUUUACCGAAGACUAUUUGUCAUUGGAGGUAUGGAAGGAGUGCGGGACUUUUGGAGGCUUGCGGUUUGCUUGUGGACUUGAAGUGGUGCGAUUGGGCUUGGUGUCAACAUGAUCAAGAGAGCAAAUUGGACUUAAUUUUAGAUGAAGAAUGAUGACGAGGUGAAGAGAAUUUGAGCUAUACAAGAUUAAAGGAGCAUUGGAGCAUCGUGGAAGAGUUUGGAAGGCAUAAUUGGGCUAUCAAGAACUUGCACAAAUGGGCUGGACCAUGGAUGAGAAGAGUAAUCUAUAAGUGCCAAUUAAAUGGGCCAAAAAGCCCAUUCAGCAGAAUCCACGCUGUCCGUGUGGAUUUACAAAUGGUCCGCGUGGAUCGCACUGUGAAGGACCCGAAUUUUAGCCUUUUGCCUCUAUUUGGGGAAAGUUGGUGAGUUACUUUUAAGCAUCUUUUUCAUCUAGAUUUGAGGACCUUUUGACUAAGUUUUGGAGGAAGAAAAGGGGGAAUUUUUUUGGGAAAAACACACACAUUUUACUAUCUUAGAAGAUUUGUG